UAACAAUAAAUAAGCGAAACAAUAGCAGCAACAGCAACAACAGCAACAACAACAAUAACAACAGUUGACUGUACAACAAUGAGCAGAGAAGGCAGCCGCAGCUAUCGUGAGACUUUCUAGAGACAACAACGGUCGGCAGCUGAGCAGACAGACCCACAGAGCAGACCAGCGGCCAGAGCCAAAGUCGAGCUAAAGCCAACGCCGAAGCCAAAGCAGAAGCCGAGCAACUGACAAACGGAACAGCACAGAGAUCAAGUAACAUGCACGAGCGACGCGUCAAGAAACUGAAGGGCGGACAUUAUGUGGCGACACAUGGUCGACUCACGCCCGAUCCGCCGUACGUGCACUCGAACCGCGGCUACUCAACGGACGGCGACGACUCGCACUCUCAUCGGGCGCACUCGGAGUAUACAAUCGCGCACGAGCGCAUCUCGCCGCAGUCGCAGUCGCAGUCGCAUUACAACUCGUCGCGGAAGACGCGCAAUGGGAAUGGACAGCAACACCUGCAGCACAGCUACAGCCACAGUCAGAUGGGCCUCUCCAGCUCGCCGGACAACGGCGGUCCUCGACCGCUGAGCGGACCGCCGCCCACGCGCCAGCCGCCGCGCGCACCUUCAGCGCUGAGCUACGAUCAGGCCGGCGAUGCGGGCAGCGACAUCUAUGUGACCAGUGCCGCCUACAAAGCGCCCUCCGAGAUCAGCCGCUACAGCCAACGUCCAGUUUCACGUGGAGCACCGCGCAGCGUCUACUCGGUGGCCAGCACCGCCAAGACGGGCCGCAGUGGGCGCUCGACCACGAAGCGUGGCGCCAAAAUCGAGACGAUGUCAGCCCCGAAUCCCUUCUGCCCGAAUGUGAAGGGCGUCUGUUGCCUGAUGCUGCUGCUCAACCUGGGACUCAUUCUCGUCACGCUGGGCUUCGUGAUCGUGGUGCAAUUCUACGAGCCCGUCUACGUCUGGAUACUGGGCAUUAUAUUCCUGAUCUUCGGCUUCCUCACGCUGGUCGGCUGCAUGAUCUACUGUGUGUACGUGUGCCGCGAUGCGAAGACGCCCUCACAGGUGCGCAACGAGGAUCUGUAUUGGACGCGCCAUUGGCAAAAGAAUAUUGGAUAUACGCCGCAAGAGAUUAACUACAAGGCGGACAAGUACGAUGCCUACUCGGAUCGCUACUCGGUUAGCAAGCUGAGCGGCAAGUAUUCGGAUCGUGAGAGCCAGCGCUACUGAACGGGCCCAGCCGAUGCGGGAGCAACUUACUUAACUGCAAAGCGAGGGCCGACCGAUGAGUAGCUGCUGCUGAUCGAUAACAAAUACUCAUUAGCCCGUGCCCACGCACCAGCAACAUAAUCAUAAUAAUCAUAAUAUGAAGAAGGAAGCAACUGGCGCAACUUAGACACACCUACACACACACACAUAUAUAUAUAUAUAUAUAUAUAACUAGAUGAUAGUCUUAAACGGUUUAUUAACAAGGCCUCAACGUACCUGCUGCAAGCUGCUUGCUAGUUUGUAUGUUCUUAAUCAUAAAGAAACACGCCCACACACACACAUACACACAUACAUAUAUAUAUAUAGAUUCAUGCAUUUGUAUGCUACGUGGAAAUACAAUUAGAACCUUGGAAUGCUGCCAUAUUGUGAGACAGUUGAAUAACUUCGUACAUAUCUUUUUUGCUUUUAGUCUAACUGAAAACCUUUUACGCUAACCUGUGCAAAGCAAAUAAUGAAACAACCAGAAAAGAAGAGAAAACUUAAUAAAGUGCAAAAACGUAACAGAAUCAAAA